AUGUCUGUCACCACUCUCGCCAAUUCCUUCUCCACAGGUAGUGCUACCUCAGCAAUUAUUAUUCCGGGAAAGCGACCUCUCACAAUUACUUAUAAACAGCUCUCCGCCGAAAUUUCCUCAUUUCAAAAGAAGCUUGCCAAGCUGGGUGUUACACCCAGAGCUGCAGUAUCCCUUGCUCUACCAAACACCUAUGAAUUUAUCGUUGCAUUUUUGGCUACAUCAUGGCAAAGAGGAGUCGCCGCACCUCUCAACUCUUCAUACAAACAGGAGGAAUUUGAAUUCUACAUCGAUGAUUUGAGCUCCGCAGUUACUCUUGUACCUAAAGAUUCAUUUCAAAAGGAUGGACCUGCUGUAAGGGCUGCGAGGAAAUAUAAUGCUGCCAUUGCAGAAUGUUAUUGGAAUGGUAAGGAAGUUGUAUUGGAUAUCAAGGAAGAGGGGAAACUCAAGGGGAAAGGAAACCAAAAGGUUGAGCAAGCUCAACCGGAUGAUGUUGCUUUAAUUCUACAUACCAGCGGUACGACAGGAAGACCAAAGGCCGUGCCAUUGACACACAAGAAUCUUACUAGAACUAUGAAGAACAUCCAGGCUACAUACAAUCUUACUCCUGUGGACCGUACCAUGCUCGUUAUGCCUUUAUUCCACGUCCAUGGACUUCUAGCCGGUUUCCUAGCUCCCUUAAUGUCCGGUGGUUCUGUUAUUGUCCCCCUUAAGUUCUCUGCUUCAGAGUUUUGGAGUGAUUUCAUUACACAUAAAGCAAACUGGUAUACCGCUGUUCCAACUAUCCAUCAAAUCCUUUUGAAAAAUCCACCGCCUGUAACUAAACCCAAUAUCAGAUUCAUCCGAUCAUGUUCCUCCCCUCUUUCUCCAACCACUUUCCAUGCACUAGAAGAAACAUACAACGCCCCUGUCCUUGAAGCAUAUGCCAUGACAGAAGCUUCUCAUCAAAUGACAUCCAAUCCUAUCCCACCAGGAAAACGCCAGCCUGGUUCCGUAGGGAUUGGUCAAGGAGUCGAGGUACGAAUACUUGAUGGCGAGGGCAAUGAAGUUUCUCUUGGCUCUGAAGGAGAAAUUUUCAUCCGUGGUGAAAACGUCACAAAAGGUUACCUCAACAAUGAAAAAGCCAAUAAGGAAUCCUUCACCCAAGAAGGAUUUUUCAGAACGGGUGAUCAAGGAAAGAUGGAUAAAGAUAGAUAUGUAUUUAUCACUGGCCGAAUCAAGGAACUCAUCAAUAAAGGAGGAGAGAAGAUUUCUCCCAUUGAACUUGAUAAUGUUCUCGCACGUCAUCCUGCCGUUUCGGAAGCAGUAAGUUUUGCUAUACCGGAUGAAAUGUAUGGUCAAGCUGUCGGUGUAGCUAUUGUUUUGAAGUCGGAUCAAAAAUUAACUGCAUCUGAGCUGAAGAAAUGGGUUGCAGAUAAAGUGGCUGAGUUUAAGGUUCCGAAACAGGUAUACUUCACAGAUGUCAUGCCAAAGACAGCUACAGGAAAAAUUCAACGAAGGAUAGUGGCAGAUACUAUGCUUAAGCAGCCCAAGGCGAAAUUGUAG